AUGGAAACUGAGCUUAGCCAUAUAAGUUAUUGCACUCUGGUAUUUAUGAAAGAUAUAAGAGAACUGUUACAGGAAAAAGGGAAGACUUAUGCCCUCUUCUUGUUAGAGACUGCUUCUCAGGUGACUUGCCAUUUUAUUAAGUGCUGUGAUGCAGCAGAUUCUUCUUCCAGGUCUGCUGCUUUUGGUUCUAUGAUGAGGAGGCUUAGGCUUCAACCUCUGCCUGAUGAUAUUAAGGAUAAGCUGACAGACAAUCAUCUGGACAAUAAGCAUUUGUUUGGUGGUGCUGCUGCUGCUUUGUUUAAAUCCCUACAGGAAAAGGGUUUUACUUUGUGGGGAUCAAAACAUUCAUGGAACUGGAAUGCUGUGGAUAUUGGACCAAAGCGAGACCUUGUGGGUGAACUAGCAUUUGCUGUUAGAAAUCGUACACACUUGCACUUUGGAUUGUAUCAUUCUCUUUUUGAAUGGUUCAAUCCCCUCUUCCUUCAAGACAAAGAAAGUAAAUUUGCAAGAGAUGUAUUUGCUACUCAGAAGUCCAUUCCUGAGCUGUAUGAGCUUAUUAAUCAGUACCAACCUGAAGUCUUAUGGUCUGAUGGAGAUGGUGUUGCACCGGACACAUAUUGGAACAGCACAGGGUUUCUUGCCUGGCUUUAUAAUGAAAGCCCUGUUCGUGAUACGGUUGUUACAAAUGAUCGGUGGGGAACAGGCAGCAUCUGCAAACAUGGUGGCUACUACACCUGCACUGAUCGUUAUAACCCUGGUCAUCUUCUUCCUCAUAAAUGGGAGAAUUGUAUGACCAUAGACAAGUCAUCUUGGGGCUACAGAAGAAAUGCUUUGCUGAAAGACUAUCUCACUAUUGAAGAGCUAGUGAAGACUCUUGUGGAAACUGUGUCAUGUGGUGGAAAUCUUCUCAUGAAUGUUGGGCCUACUCAUGAUGGCAGAAUUAUACCCAUAUUUCAGGAACGUCUAAGACAGAUGGGUCAGUGGUUGAAAGUCAAUGGAGAAGGGAUAUAUAGGUCUAAGCCUUGGAGAGCACAGAAUGAUUCUAUUACACCUGCAGUAUGGUACACAUCAAAACCUGAAGAGAACUCUGUUUAUGCCUUUUUUCUGGAAUGGCCAACCACAACUGUUCUGGUUCUUGGUGAACCUUUUGCUGUUGAUGGGGAAACAAAGGUUAACCUGGUUGGUUAUGCCCAGCCGCUAAAGUGGCUGGCAUUGGACAGUCAAGGCAUUGUAGUGGUACUUCCACGUCUUAACCCUGGUCAGUUACCAUGUCAGUGGAGUUGGGCUCUGAAACUUACCAGUGUUGCAUAACAGUUAAUGAAAUUCAAAGCCCUUCUGAAGUAUGUAUGAUAAUUUUCUUUCAGUCACAAAGUCAAUGCUGUUUUUAUAUUUCUGGAGGAAUUUUUGGGACACAAAAAUUAAAAUAUGUAUAAAGUUGGUUAA